AUGUCUUCUAAUACGCAGCAAACCAAAAAAACGAAAAAGACAACUACAAAAAAGUCUGUUCAACAAACUGCUGGGACAGCAGCAAGCACAAGACAACAGGAAAUUCUUCCCAGCUUGACAGUUAGUGCAGAGCUAGAUGGUACUGUCCUGUCCACUUUGUCCACCAUGAGCACCCAGCUGAAUGAAUCUCAUUCACUUCUGGAGAAGGUCUACCACAACAUGGAAGCAACCAAUGGCCAGAAUAACAAUCCAAACCAUAGUCCCAUUGGUCAGGCUCUUACUACAGGAGAAUAUAUAAAGUAUUGCCUUCCAAUGGUUUCGAUAUUGAUCCAUUCUCAAACACGAGCAGUUCUGGCAACAAUGCCAUUAACAGUCAUUGAGGGCGCCUUCUUAACAUCCAACCGUCCCAUUGCUGAUGUAGUGCAGAGCUACACACAUCAGCAAGCUGAAGUAAAGUCUGUUUUGUCUGCAGUUGUGGAAGAGAAAACCCGAAGACAUAUUUCAUAUAUGCUUCAAAGGGCAAAAGCUUUGCCAGAAAAGAUAGCUCAACAAAAUUGGAUUUCUCAAUGCCAGUCCAGAAAGAGAAAUAUUCUUGCAGACUACAAGGCAAUUCACUUAGCUAACAAGAAAAACCUUGAGUCUAAGUUUGGUGAGACUGUCGUUGACCUUCUGGACUAUGACACUGCUGUGGAUGAAUACUUUACUGUUUUGAAGAAACAGAGACUUGCUAACAAGGGACCAGGCGUCAUUGGCAAUUCUGUCUAUCCAAUUAUUUUGAGAAACACUGAGUUAUCGAAUGAAAAAAAGGCAUGUGUUGCUGCUUGGAUUCACACACACCAAUAA